AUGGGUUUCGACCAUAUCUCCAAUGAUCACGAUAAUAAGGUGAUGGGUCCCGAGGCCGAGAAGGCGGAGAUGGCCUCCCCACCGCCGUUCGAGGGCACCAUGGUGGGGGAGAUGACCGAUGCGGAGCGCAACGUCUACGAUCACGGCAUUCAGAAGUUCAACCGUCUCGGAUGGAAGCGACUCACCAUCGUCCUCAUCGUGGAGGCCAUUGCCCUGGGCAGUCUCUCCAUUCCCUCGACCUUUGCAACCCUCGGCAUGGUGGCGGGUGUCAUCUGUUGUGUGGGCCUCGGUCUCGUCGCCAUCUACACCAGUUACAUCGUGGGAAUGGUCAAGCUUGCCUUCCCCGAGGUGGCCAACUACCCAGACGCGGGCCGCCUCAUGGGCCGCCGCCUGGGCUGUGGACGUUUUGGAUAUGAGUUGGUCAGCGGCAUGCUGGGUCUCCAACUCAUCUUCCUGACAGCCUCGCACUGUCUCACCGGAACCAUCGCUUUCUUGGACAUCACCAAGAGUGACGUUUGCUCCAUCGUGUUUGCCGUCGUAUCGGCCAUUCUCCUACUUCUACUGGCCAUUCCUCCCAGUUUCACCGAGAUGGCUAUUCUCGGCUACGUCGAUUUCGCCUCCAUCUUAAUUGCUAUUGGUAUCACCAUCAUCGGAACCGGUGUCAAAAGCACCGACGCCCCCGGAGGACUAGCGGCAGUGCCCUGGUCAGCGUGGCCCAAGGACGACAUCACCUUCACCGAGGCCUUCAUCGCGGUGACCAACAUCGUCUUUGCCUAUAGCUUUGCGAUGUGUCAAUUCUCUUUCAUGGACGAGAUGCACACCCCUAAGGACUUUGUCAAGUCUAUCUGGGCUCUCGGUAUCACCGAGAUCGUGAUCUACACCGUGACAGGCGCUCUGAUCUAUGCCUUUGUCGGUCAGGACGUGGGCAGCCCCGCGUUGACCUCGGCAGGCACCCUUCUCAGUCGGGUCGCAUACGGCGUGGCGCUUCCCGUCAUCUUCAUCAGUGGCUCGAUCAACACCGUGGUGUUUGGACGUCUUGUGCACGGUCGCAUCUUUGCCAACUCCCCCAUUCGCUUCAUCAACACCAAGAUGGGAUGGAUUACCUGGUUGGCCCUGAUCACCGCUGCCACUAUUGUUGCGUUCAUCAUCGCCGAAGUGAUUCCCUUCUUCAACGAUCUACUCUCCAUCUCCUCCUCCCUGUUCAUUUCCGGAUUCACCUUCUACUUCCCCGCCAUGAUGUGGUUCAUGCUUCUCCGCGAGGGCAGCUGGAAGGAGCCCAGGAACAUGGUUCUGGGAGCCAUCAAUAUCUUGAUCUUCCUCAUUGGUAUCGUGAUUCUGGUUGGCGGUACCUACGCCAGCAUCGACGACAUUAUGAUUAAGUACGACAAGGGAGAGGUCGGUGGCGUUUUCUCUUGUGCUGCACCUGAGUAA